UAAUUUUUUGAUUGUUAAUAAUGGAACAUUAAAGGAAAAUUUUUAAUGGAACAUAGUUUUUUUUAGUGGAAAUAGUAACAAUAAAUAAUGUCGUUGUUUCGUACAAAAGAGUGGUGGCAUACUGAGUGUGGUAUAAAUGAGACAUUUGAUAAUAAAAGUCUUCUUGUUGUGUCAUUAUUUGGUGAUGAUAAAAAAGAUGUUGUAAUUGUAUCAAGUCAUAGUGGUAACCUGAGAAUAUACAGUCCUUCAUCUGAAUGGGAUAAUGAGACUGGUGCACCAACGGGAUAUAAAACAACGGAUCUUGUUAUUGAGGCACAUAUUGCCAAUUGCAUUAUUGAUACUAAAGUUGGAAAAUUUGUUUCUGGUUCUCAAGAUCUUCGUCUAGGAAUUUUAACACCCAAUAAAUUAUUAGUCUACAGUGUAACACUUACACCAGGAUCAACAGAACAUGGUGAUAGAUGUGUCCUGGAAAUAAUUUACAGUCAUGAAUUAUCUCGUUUUCCUGUAUCACUUGUGUCUGGAUCAUUUGGUGCUGUAAAAGGAAGAGAUUUUUUUUGUGUACAAUGUAUUGAUGGUACAUUAUUAUUUUACGAACAAGAAGCACCAACAUUUACACAAACAUUAAAAGACAGAUUGUUACCAGAAAAAAUUGCUUAUAUAUCUAAUAAUGAUAUUUUUAUAACAACAAGUCCAGGGCGUAUUCUCGAAUGUUACAGAUACCAAAAUAUGGCUGAAUUUAGCAGAAAAUUAGAAGAAAAUAAAAUGAAAAAUGAGGAUAAAAUAUUGGAGCCUGACUGGAUCUAUAAUAUUAGUGAAAAUGUACUGGGAAUUGAGACAGUUGUUCUGAGUAGUUUCGAAAUUGGAAUAAUUGUUUUAACUGAAAAACAUAUUUAUUGUUUUCGUGAUGAUUGUUCGAAUGUUAAAUAUGUCAAAAGGCUUGAUUAUACACCAAUGGUUUUUCGAGCAUUUGUCAUUGAACCGGACGGCAAGCUGAUGGUUCUCGUCGUCGCCGAUACAGACACCCUGCUGGUUUACGAGGGCACGACACUCAAAUGGUCCGCGCAAUUGCCUUUCACACCUGUUGCCAUUGCAAGAGCAAAUUUUCAGAAUUUAGAAGGAGUUGUAGUAAUUUUAUCUGACGAUGGAAAACUAGAAGCAUGCUAUCUCGGAGCUGAACCGUCUCUUUUUGUUGCUCCUCCAAUUCAUCGCAGAGGUUUUGAUUAUGCUCAAGCUGAAAAAGAAUUAAUUGAAUUACGUAGAUUAUCAAAAAUUGCACCAGAAAAAGACGAUAAAUUAACAAUUGCAACAAUGGAAUCAGAGCUACUUACAACAAUUAAAACGUCCCUAGAACCAAUAAACCAAAUGCCAAUUGAAUCAACAAGUGAAGAGCCAACAAUUCAGCGCAACAUAUGCACAAUCACCAUUGAACUUUCAUCUUAUAUUUUACUUCACGAUGUUCAAUUAAGCAUUGACGUAUUGCAGCCACUUGUUGCUCAUGAUAAGUAUCAUGUUUUUUCAGUCUUACGUGACAAACAAAUAAUUCAAUCAGUCAUUAAAAUUGAGGGUAAUAAAACAGCAAUAUCAUCUGAGGCAAAUUUGACAAUUGUUUAUGAAACAGAUGUUGGUGGACCACGUGUUGUACAAAAAAUAAUUCAAUUACCAUUGAGACUUAUAUUUCUACCAACAGCACCAGAAAAUCAAUCGUCAUUUUCAAUCAUUGAUGAAAUUGAAAAAAAAACAUCAAAUGCAAUUGGAUUACGUCAUAUUAAUACAAAUAAUAUUGUGACAAUUGUUGCUGGUACAAAUACAAAUCGUUAUCGUGUACAAUCAAAUGAUUCAUUAUCAAUCACAAUUGUUGUGCAACAAUUAAUUGCUAGAUUACGUAAAAAAUCAUCAAUAAAUAUUGGAAAUAUUAUUGCAUCAAUUGGACAAAACCAUCUGCAACUUUUACAGAAUCAAAUUGAUACUCAUUUUGUCAGUCGUCAACAAGUCAAACGUAUAUCUAAAGAACUGACUCUGUUGACGAACCAGUUGAGAAUGAUAGAAAAAGGAUUAUUAAAAUGUAUCAGAGAUAAAAGCAUUAAACCAUUGGAAUCUAGUGGAAUAUCAGUACUUUUGGAAUCAACAUAUAGCCUCAUGUUUACACACUUGGAUAAACUUGAAGAAGCACAGUUGGAACGUGAGAAUGCAGCUCAUAAUUUACAAUGUGCUGUAAAGUUAUUGCUCUUUUUGAUUCGUCCAAAUAUAAGUGAUGAUAAAUAUUCAAUAUUAGAAUCAGCAAUUGGAUUUGAGCCACAGCUGAGAGACGACGUGGACUGGGAAGAGGUUGCUGAUGUUGCAUUGUUUACACUGCUACGUGUUACAUCUAAAAAACCAGAAAGUGAACCAUCAACACGUCAAUUAUCCUGGAAUAAAUUAGAAACAAUUCGUGAUUUAGCUAAAUUAAAAAAACGUCUUGUUCAUGCUAUUGAACGUUUAAAUAAACCAACAGAUACUGUACAAGAAGAUGUUGUUGAUGAAAAUCCAUCACCAAGACAAUAAUUAAUUCAUUCAAUAAUAAAUAAAUAAGUAAAUUGACAAAUAAACA